UCUCAGGAAGAGCUGAAAGCUGCCUACCGCCGGCUGUGUAUGCUGUACCACCCCGACAAGCACAGGGACCCCGAGCUCAAGACCCAGGCUGAGCGGCUCUUUAACCUUGUUCACCAGGCUUAUGAAGUGCUUAGUGAUCCACAGACCAGAGCCAUCUAUGACAUAUAUGGGAGGAGAGGACUGGAGAUGGAAGGAUGGGAGGUUGUGGAAAGGAAGAGAACUCCAGCUGAAAUCAGGGAAGAAUUUGAGCGUUUGCAGAGGGAGAGGGAAGAAAGAAGACUGCAGCAGCGAACUAAUCCAAAGGGAACAAUCAGUGUGGGAAUAGAUGCCACUGACCUCUUUGAUCGUUACAAUGAGGAGUACGAAGACGUGCCCGGGAGCAGCUUUCCCCAGAUUGAGAUCAACAAGAUGCACAUAUCCCAGUCCAUCGAGGCACCGCUGACUGCCACGGACACAGCAAUACUGUCCGGUAACCUUUCCACCCAGAACGGGAAUGGAGGAGGAUCGAUUAAUGUGGCUCUGAGACGCGUGACUUCUGCCAAGGGAUGGGGAGAGUUGGAGUUUGGAGCAGGAGACCUUCAGGGACCUCUCUUCGGUCUGAAGAUAUUCCGUAAUCUUACACCAAGAUGUUUCAUCACUACAAACUGUGCCCUCCAGUUUUCGUCCCGUGGGGUCCGCCCGGGCCUCACCACGGUCCUUGCCCGCAACCUCGACAAGAACACGAUGGGGUACCUGCAGUGGCGGUGGGGCAUCCAGUCCGCCAUGAACACCAGUAUUGUCCGGGAUACCAAAACCAGCCACUUCACCGUGGCGUUACAGCUGGGAAUCCCCCAUUCGUUCAUGAUGGUCAGUUAUCAGCAUAAGUUUCAGGAUGAGGAUCAAACACGAGUGAAAGGUUCUCUCAAGGCAGGUUUCUUUGGGACCAUAGUGGAGUACGGAGCGGAGAGGAAGAUUUCCAGACACAGCAUUUUAGGAGCCACUGUCAGUGUUGGUGUUCCCCAAGGAGUAUCUCUGAAAAUCAAGUUGAAUAGGGCUAGCCAGACCUACUUCUUCCCCGUGCACCUAACAGAUCAGCUGCUUCCCAGUGCUGUAUUCUAUGCCACCGUGGGACCUCUAGUUAUCUAUUUUGCCAUGCACAGGCUAAUCAUCAAACCCUACCUCAGGGCACAAAAGGAGAGAGACCUGGAGAAGCAACGGGAGAGUACAGCCAGCGACAUCCUUCAGAAGAAGCAGGAGGCUGAAGCUGCAGUCCGGUUAAUGCAGGAGUCUGUCCGGAGGAUAAUUGAAGCAGAGGAAGCCAGAAUGGGUUUGAUUGUAGUGAACGCCUGGUAUGGGAAGUUUGUUAAUGACAACAGCAGGAAGAAUGAGAAGGUGAAAGUAAUAGACGUGACUGUGCCCCUGCAGUGCUUGGUGAAAGACUCUAAACUCAUCCUUACAGAGGCAUCCAAGGCUGGGCUGCCGGGUUUCUAUGACCCCUGCGUGGGUGAGGAGAAGAGCCUGAAAGUGCUUUAUCAGUUCCGAGGAGUUCUGCACCAAGUGAUGUCGGCUGACAACGAGGCCCUUAGGAUACCAAAGCAAUCUCACAGAAUCGAUGCGGAUGGCUAAUCUGGUGAGAGUGUGCGCGUCCACCGUCGUACCUGGGUCAAUGGAAACUACAAAACCUUCCCCUGGAUGCUUCAAACUUUUCAAACUCGUGUUUGAACAGAGACAUUUUUACUUUUACUAUCUGCAUAGCAGGUGGUGUCCUACCAGUUAUGUUAGGAGACAAAAUGAGAGAACCUGCUUCUGCAGGUGGCUCCAAGGCAAUACUUCUCUGAAUUGUGUCUCAGUAACCAAUAAAGCAACGUGACUC